AUGACGCCGUCCAUGGUCGACGGGCUCAAGAGCCUGGGCGACGACGUGUCGGAAAAGCCCACCGACGACGGCCCGAAAUGCGACGAGGCCAGGACGCAGCCAAGGCAAGGCAGCGAUCCUUCACUGACCGAGCCCGCCAUCGGCAGACCGAUAUCUCACGGCCAGGUGGUUGACCUGUGGAAGAGGCUGCAAUCGAUGCAGCCUUCGUCGUGCAGCCUCGAUGCGCUCCUCAAGGGCUCUCGCGUCUACGUCCCGCCGCCUCCCCCCAAGCCCGAGCCCUCGGACGAAUACAAAGCCCUCAUGGCUCAUCUGCGCCGCGAAGAAGCCGAGCGCGCCUACCAACGCAUGGUUGACCCGCGUCCGCGCCUCGAGACGUUUAGCGACCGCUUCCCGACCGCUGCGCAAGCCUUCGCCGAGGUCAACCGGCCCGCAAACGCCGCGGAUAUCGGCGACGACGACGUCACGUACAGUGAAGUCCACCGCCAGGUCAUGCUCAUCAUAAACUUUCUCGUCAGCAUCGUGGGCGUCGCGGCAACGCUGUGGGUGGCGGCGCGGUGGUGGAGCCUGCCGGCGCGCGUCUUUCUCUCCUUGGGCGGCGCCAUUGCCGUCGCCAUUGCCGAGGUUGGCGUUUACCAGGGCUACGUGUUUAGGAUGAGCCGGGCAAAGUCGAAGCAGAAGGCCGUCGCGGAGGUGAAGGAGGUGGUCAAGACAUGGGUUGUGGGACAGGGUGAGGGCGGCGAGGAUGACUCGACUGUGCUUCUCAAGAACAGCCAAGAUGGUGCUGAUGAGACGGUCAGGCGAAGAAGGCCACCAGCGGGUGCAUAUGCCAAGCCUGACGAUUAG